AUGGAUGGAAACGAUGAUAAUUAUAAUUAUGGUGGCGGGAGAAUUUUGAAAUUGGAGACUACAGCGAGGCAGGUUUACAAUGCAGUCAGCGCAUUCAGUGCGUUCAUACCCUGGUUUGAGGCAGUGACCAAGGUUAUCGACGAAAUCCUCAAGAUUCAAGAAGACACCGAAUAUAAUAGUGACACAUGUCUUAUCUUGGCUGAACGUGUUGACAAUGUUUCUCCAGCCGUAAGAAGUUUGUAUCGGCAGAAGGAGGCAAACGAAAAAAAAUUCCUCGAUCCCGGAUUCAAUCGUACUUUUGUAAAGUUUCACAAGGUUCUAGAUGAUAUCAGAGAAUUCAUAAAAGACGUUUCGCAACUCAAUGGGUUACGCAAGUUUGCAUUUGCCGGUGAAAUCAAGAGAAAUUGCAACAAACUCUUGCAAACGUUCGAAGCGGUUUGCCAUGACUUGCAGUUUAACAUUAUGAUUACAAACGAAGAACGAGAACGUGAACAGAAAAUACUAGACGACGAUGUCAUCAAAACUCAAAAAAAACUCGAGAAAAUGAUUCAAAUGCAGGGAGGGAAAAUUGAUUUGAUCUACGAGCAAGUGUACCAAAUGACAAAGAAAGUUAAUAAGGGUGAAGAGAUAAAUGUGAGUGUACCGACCAUUGAAAUGCACGAAAUCAAGGAACCCGAUCGAACGAGUCCUACAGACGCAAGAGGCAAGAUUUAUAAGAGAUUGUAUAAGACCAUACCGGUUGCCCUUAAACCUCUCAGGAUCUUCGAAACCUCGGAGAGAGCACAAAGGGUUAGCAGGGCGCAGCUAGCCAUCUUAAACCAGAUACAGGCAUCGCCAAGAAUUGUAAAAUUUUAUGGUUUAACGCGCGUAGAUGGAGAAGAAAUCAUGGUCAUGGAAUGGGCGGAACAUGGAAAUCUAAGAGAGCUCUAUGAGAAAGAUCACAGCAUGAGUUGGCAAACUAAGUUAAAAGUUGUUCACGACAUUUGCGACGGCUUGGUCUUCCUGCAGGCGUGUAACAUCUAUCAUCACGAUAUUAGGUGUGAAAAUAUUCUGGUCAUCGAAGACGGAGGGUAUAAGGCAAAAAUCGCGAAUUUCCAUUUAAGUCGCAAAGCGGACCAGGAAACUCGUCAUAUCAACAAUAUAAACGACGUGAUCAGGUGGUUGGCACCUGAAAAACUCGACGCGAAGGGUGGAAAGGAUGUCGAAUAUUCUAUCACUUUGAAGUAUUCCCCUGCUUGCGAAGUAUUUAGUUUUGGUAUGCUUAUCUGGGAACUGUCCUUUCAACGGAUACCCUAUGAGGGCAUGGAUUUCGACGAAAUAUAUGCGCACGUCAGGAGUGGCAAGAGGGAAGAACUAAGGUUUGGGUUGAGCGCGGCGCCUGCCAUCACCAGCACUUUUUCGAAAAUUGUCAAAGCAGGUUAG